CCAGGUAAUUGAAAACGACAAGGCAUUUUCCUCGCCAGGAGGACCGGGAAUUGACGGGCGGCGUUCCUUGUCGUGCAGUCGAAUCUAGGUCCGGCGCAUCAUUUUCAGCCGAUGUACGAUGGUUCUUUCAUGGACAAGGUGUUCUUUAGGAGUCGUCUCGGAAUUUUGGCAGGUCUGUCUAUCCUCAGUCAGGUCAAUGUCGAUUCAUUGCCUAGAUGCCUGUUCGUUUAGCUGCACAAUUGCUGCCCUCGGUCGUUGUGAGUUGCCGUCCAUUGAUAUACCUUGGGUGCAAUGUGCUUACAUCUGUACUUUAUCAACCAGAUUGCCAUGUGCUCAACCAAUUGUGCUAUCUCCAUUCCUUUGGAGUGUGUCUACUGUUACUGCCGUCAACAUUCGCCCUGCCAACGCUGAGCCCGCGUGUUCCGUGAGGUUCCACAAGACUAGCCCUCGUUGAGGCCCGGGUUGACCGCUUGGUGUUCAUAUUUAAAUCUUUCACGUCUUCUCUUUCUCCAUCGUUCCUUUCACACACACCCCACAAACCUUGCGAGGAGAGCCAACGCACCCAUCAACCACCAACAACAACACACUGAAUAAGACAGCCACUU